AUGUUGAGAAUAACCAGAAAAAUCAUGUUGUUUUUCAUCGUUAUUGUCAUAAAUUUAUUUCCCCUUUUCGUCUCUCAAGAUAUUAUAUACCCUACUUGUGAUGAAAGUGCAAAUUUCACUAUAAAUGGUGCAUACCAAAGAAAUCUUGAUAAUGCUUUGUUGUCCCUCACCUCUGAUACUAGCAUUACAUAUGGAUUCUACAACCGGUCCGUUGGUGAAACCCCAGAUCGAAUUCACGUUAUAGCGUUAUGUAGAGGUGAUGUUGAUCGAGACGAUUGUCGCAAGUGCAUAAAUCGCUCUAUUACAAGACUAAGAGAGAUUUGCCCUAACCAAAAGGGUGCAAUAGGAUGGUAUGAUACGUGUAUGCUAAGGUACUCUAAUGUAACCAUUUGGGGAAAUCCAGGCAGUAUGGAUACACGGUUUCAGGCAAACCCUCAGAACAUAUCAAACGUGGACCAAUUUAAUCAAGGGCUUUAUCCGUUGUUGGAUCAGUUAAUACUUGAGGCAUCUAGUGGUGGGUCUCUCCGUAAAUAUGCUUCCAACUAUACAAGUGGUCGUGGGGGCACAAGGAUCUUUGGGAUCAUGCAGUGUACACCGGAUUUGUCUGAAAUCCAAUGUUAUAAUUGUUUGGAUCGUACAAUCCAGCUCAUUCCAAUUUGUUGUGAUGGCAGACGUGGCCUAAGAGUUCUAUAUCCUAGUUGCAACCUAAGGUAUGAAAAUUACAGUUUCUUUAAUGACACAGUGGUCCUAACCCCACCACCAUCGCCGCAAUCCCCUCCACCAUCAUCGCUACAAUCGCCUCCACUGUCACCGUCGCAUUUAGACAAGACUAACAACACGUCAAUAACUGUAAUUGCUAUCGUUGCAACCCUUAGUCUUGUGAUAUUGGUCGUGCUUUUCAUUUUCGUCUACAUAAGAAGAAAAAGGAUUCUAGUUUACGAGGACGUAGAUAUCAAUGAAAUUAGUACAGCCGAAUCUUUGCAAUAUAGCUUUGGUAUCAUUAGAGAAGCAACAAAUGACUUUUCAGAGAGCAAUAAGCUUGGACAAGGUGGAUUUGGUUUGGUUUACAAGGGAAAGUUACAAAAUGGAAAAGAAAUAGCAGUGAAGAGGUUGUCAAAGGAUUCAAGACAAGGUGAACAAGAAUUUAAGAACGAGGUCCUGUUACUUGCAAGGCUCCAACAUCGAAAUUUGGUUCGUCUCCUAGGUUUCAGCAUAGAAGAGUCUGAACGACUCUUGAUGUAUGAGUUUGUACAAAAUGGAAGUCUAGACCAAUUUAUAUUUAAUCCAGUGAAACGUGCAACUCUAGGUUGGGAAAAACGAUAUAAAAUAAUACAAGGUGUUGCAAGGGGACUUCUAUAUUUACAUGAGGAUUCACGAUUAAAGAUCAUUCAUCGAGAUAUGAAAGCUAGUAAUGUUUUGUUGGAUGCCCAAAUGAAUCCGAAAAUUGCAGAUUUUGGUAUGGCAAGGUUAUUCACCUGUGAAGAAACCCAAGGCAGCACUAGUCGAAUUGUCGGAACCUAUGGCUACAUGGCACCCGAGUAUGUAAUGCAUGGACAAUUUUCAGUAAAGUCAGAUGUCUUUAGUUUCGGUGUCCUGGUACUCGAGAUAGUAAUGGGUCAAAAGAAUAGUAGUUUCCAAAACGAAAUGGUGACAGAGGAUCUUCUUAGUCAUGCAUGGAAAAGUUGGAAAGCAGAAACGACUUCAAGUUUAAUUGAUCCUACACUGAUCAUGAAAGAUGGUCCUAUUUCCUUACGUGAUAUGGUCAGGUGUAUCCAUAUUGGCUUAUUAUGUGUUCAAGAAGAUGCUACCGAGAGACCAACUAUGGCUUCAGUUGUUCUCAUGCUUAGUAGCCUCUCUAUAACCCUCACGUUACCUUCAGAGCCUGCUUUUUUCAUGCAUACGAGUAUGAAUCCAGAAAAACCCCUAUUUGAAGACCCCACUUCAAGCACAAAUAAUUCUAGUUGUUCAAAAAAUAAAUCCAAAUCUAAAUCUUCGGGAUCUAUAGCACGUGAUAUUUCUUUGUAUGACAUAUAUUCACGAUAG